AUGGAGUUGGAUAAUAUGAAUGUAACAUUCCCUCAAGUUGCUUCAAGGGCUACAGCUAAGGAAGCAAAGGUUCCGAUUUCUGGAAAGCUUAAUAGCAUACCCCAAGCGAGACGAGCUAGCCUGAGUAAUAUUCCCCUUAACUCUUGGCAUUCGUCCCCGUUGCAGCAGAGCAAGUACGAGAAGAUCGUAACUCAUUAUUCUGGUCCAAUACUAAAAGAGAGCAAUGGGCCCUUGAUCUCCAAGGGACAAGACUUUCCUGCGGUAAAGAACUCGGUUGUGAUGCGUACUGCAGCAUCCACCCUUCCGGUGUCUCCUGAGGUCAUUCCUCAAAGUUAUUCUAUUCCAUCCAGAGGCCAAAUAGAGGCAGCAUUGCAUGGGUCAAAACCAAUGAAGACACCUGAAACUUUAAAGAUCGACGAAGUGAUUCCUUCACUGCCACUGACACCUAUCAGCAUAGAAAAAGUGGAUCCUAUAUCACCUGCUUCCUAG